CGGGGGGGGAUGAGUGCUGUAUUUUCUAAUCCCAGUACCGCUCUCUUCAGCGGACGUAACGCGAAACUUAAAAGGCGCUUCUCGGUUCUGCGUGCGGGAGAAACCAGUUCAAGUUUGGCGCGGGAGGGGGGCACGGAGCAACUCCCUCUGCUUUCUAGUAAUUGUGCCUUGAUCUUCUUGGACAUCCAUCAAAUUUCACUUUUCAAAUCAUGGAGGGAGAACAGAUUAUGGAGGGACAGCCACAGGUUCCAGAAAAUCCUCAUUCAGAAUACGGCCUCACUGAAAAUGUAGAGAGGAUAGUAGAAAAUGAGAAACUAAAUGCUGAGAAAACAUCAAAGCAGAAGGUGGAUCUUCAGUCAUUACCCACACGUGCCUACUUGGAUCAGACAGUUGUACCUAUCUUGCUACAGGGACUUGCUGUUCUUGCAAAAGAGAGACCGCCCAAUCCCAUUGAAUUUCUAGCAGCAUAUCUUUUAAAAAACAAGUCACAAUUUGAGGACCGAAAUUAACUCCAUAAAAAUGAGGACAGUUUGGCUGCUAGACUGAAAUGCUUAUUUGCCGCAAUUUGUUCUCUGCUGUAAAAAUCCUUUAGCCACGUUGUUGUCUUUCUUAACUGCACAAUUUGCUUUAUCUUUUGAGUUUAUUUAAUAAAGAACACUUUACAUAUAAUUGUUCUCUUGUUUUAAACUAGCUAUUAAGAGACUUUCAAAAUAAAGUACUGAAACUGCA